GGGCGGGUGGAGGCCCAGCGAGUGCCCCGGCCCCUGACCCUGGCCUUGCCCUGGCCUUGGCCCCUGCCCUGGCCCCUACCCUGGCCCGGGGAGCUCGGCCCCGCCAUGCCCUCGGAGCGGGUCGUGUUUCUCCACCAGCAGCUCUGGGCUGCUUGGAAGCCUCUCGAGUCCCCUCGUUUUUUGAGAUGUGUGCGCAACCCCGUGGCCUUUGCAAAGAGCAGCUGCUGUCUCUUGCACAUGGUCGGAGUUACGUGGUCCCUUGAUGCUCUUGCGUGGCCUUGUGCUAGGAAUCUUGGUAUCCCUGGUUUAUCACUGUUGGUUUCCACAGCGCUACCAGUCCCUGCAGCUUAUCGUGUCUUGGGAGGCUUUCACAUGCCUCCUCUCAGCACACACUUGCCCUUUUUGGCUCCUGUUUUCUGGUAACAGAUUCUCUGUCUGCACUGCUCGGUAGCAGCAGAAGCAGUUCACACAAAAUCACACUACUGGGGACUUCAGAGCGAGAAUGAUGACCUCCAGUGGACAGGCAGGAGGAAUCUGGUGAAGGCUGAGUGGAAGCCAGAACAGGGCAUCGUUGAGCUGCAGUCCCCUGCGGGAAAGUUCUGGCACACCAUGGGGUUCUCGGAGCGUGGUAAACAGUGCCUGCUGCCUGAGGAGGCUCUGUACCUGGUGGAGUGUGGCACCAUUCAGCUCUUUUACAAAGAUCAGCCCCUGUCAGUCCAGGAAGCCUACGAGAUGCUGCUGUCGCAGGAGGCAGUGAGCCUGCCGCACUACCAGGUGUUCAGCCACUUGAAGCAACUGGGUUAUGUUGUACUGAGAUUCGACCCCAGCACUGUCCUGUCUCCCUACGAGAGGCAACUGAACCUGGAAAGUCACUGCCAGAGCUCUGGGAAACACCAUCGCAAAAGGAGGAGGAGUUCCAGCCCCAGGUUGCAUGAGAAGAAACAUAAAGUAUCUGAGGACCUUCCAGAAGCUGAAGGGACCUCCAAAAAUGCUGGAGAUGACUGUGAAGACUCCAGCUGCCUUCCUGUGGAUGAAAAGCCCUUGUCAAAGCAGCCAAAGGAAUCAGAUGCUGGCAGUGGAGAGGGGCAGUCAAACCCAGUUCCUCUUGGUACUGGACAAAAGGACUCCCUGAGCCCCACCAGAAGCCAGGCUGAUCACAAGGAGAGCAGCGCUGGCACCCGUGCACCCCGCUGGGAUUUCACCACCAUCAUCUUGCCAAACAUGGCCCCAGACCAGCCGUGUACACAUCUGCCCUCGCCUGACAACGGGCUCCUGCCAGAGAACGUGCCAGGGAGGGAAGUUGAUGCAGCUUCCUGGUGCGCGCGGAUCAAUCAGAAACAGGAGAAGCUGUCACGGAAGGAAAGGGAGCAGCGAGAGAGGGAGAGCAGGUACAAGAGCAGUGUCAACGCUGACCAGGAGGUGAGGUGCUGCUCCAACUGGCAGGAGUACAAAGCACUUUUGGAGCAGAGGAGCCAGCAGAGGGUUUGGAGACGACCGCCACAUCUCUGGGACCAAGCUGUCACACCGCUUUUGCAGCCAGAUGAAGCUACCUCAACAGCUGCGCUCCUCCAGCAGAUCAGCGUGCUGCAGCCCUCCCACAUCCUGGAUGGAACCUCCGGGCAGCAGGAGGACCCAGAGGACUUGAAGAUAGACUUCAAUGUGUAUCAAGCAGACGCUGUGGCCAGGUUUAAGAAGACAAACCCUGGGAAGCCGCAUGUCAGGAUGUGUGUCAGGAGCUUUGAUGAGGAUAUUCCAUCCCUUCGGGCUUUGAAGCAGGUUACGUAUCAGAGUGGGGAUGUCCCGGUGGUCUUUGCGCUGGUGGAUUAUGGAGAAAUUGCCUUUUAUUCACUGAAGGAGUUCAAGCUGCCAGUUGAUGUUAAUGACUGAAGUUGCUGUCACUUGCAGAAAGGGGCCAGGAUGAAGGGAAGAGCUUUACUUGGGAUGUUUUCUUGAUUAAUCACAUGUUACAGAAAAUAGAGCCUAUGAUCACUGGAACCUUGGGUACUUAACCAUUUUGUUCACUAUUACAGACUUGACCCAACCAGAUGGCUCAGGCAUGAUAACAGAAUUUACAGCAAACAAGUGUGCAUGGCUUAGCUGGGCAUUUCUGGACUGGAUCACACACUGCUUCGUUCUUGGAGCCACUGGUUCUCCAGCCUUCUUAUCUUGUGGACCACCAGUCUGCCUUUUCCAUGUCAUCUUUGGCGACCAGUGGACCACUAGAAAAUACUGCUGGUGAGCCUGUUGUCACACCAGUGGAAUGGCUGGAGAGUCACUGAGGUCAGUUAGGGACAGAAUAAGCUGAUCAGAUCAGUACGGGUGUCCUGAGCCUCUGUCAUUCAGCUGCACCAACAGCCAUCAGAUCAGAUUCUGAUUUGAAAAAGGCACAGCCAUAGAACAGCUACCUGGAGUAAAGAUUCCAGGCACUUGAGAGCAGGAAAUUCUGCUUUGAGUGCUAUCUCAUCAGCUGACAUUAGAAAAAGCACCUGAACAUUGCAGGCAGCACCCUGGGCUCAUGCAGUAGUGGCUGUGCUAACGUGCAUUGUGGUCACACAGCGUUGUGCCUUGCUAAAGUGCAGCCAGUGAUAUCAACGCACUGUAUGUGAUCCUGCACCAGGACCCCUCUGCUCCAGCCUGAUGCCCUCUUUCCUGGCUGUGCAUCCUUGUCUCUUUUGCAAGUAAGAGACCCCAAGUAAAGAAAGCUAUGAAUUCCUCCUGAGCCUUCCAGUCCUGUGGCUGUUGUGCCUCAAACUGAGGACAUCAUUACGUCCCAGGCCCUGCUGUGGGAGCUUUCUGUGAUGAUAUUCAGGUAUCAGCUUUGCUUUGGCCUCUGCAAAAGUGCCAGUGCUGGGUGCCAGGGUCUGCUCUGUGGACAAGAGCGUGCAGAGCAUGGCUGUGUUCAGUAUCGACAUUCUUCAGAACUGUAAUAGCAACUCUCAAGAUGCAUUUUAUUGGAUAAUUGUUGAGUUUGUUUUGGAGAUGGGGAGAAGGCUAAGCAUUAAAACCUUUUCCAGCAG